AUGUGCCAGUCGUCGUCGUUUUCCACUACCUGGUAUAAACCACGGUCACGGUGGCUUUUCCGUCUAUCCCCCGUGUUCGUCUUCCUCUUCGUCGUCGUCUCGUCUCCCCUCGCGUGGCUUGCCGGCCGAGUAGCGGACCAGGCGCCUGACCCUGACCGGCCACGGAUCCACCAGCCAUGGCCGACGCUCAGACUCCUGGAGGUUAUUUCUUCGGCCGUCCGGCGAACUACGAGGACAAUCAGCAACCAGUUGCUGCCGAUGGACAGAACACAGGGAGCACUCCUGGGAACCAUGGGCAGCAGCAACCACCGGCGUCUAGUGACCAGAAGAAAGCCGGCAUCUUCAGCAACCUAUUUUCAUGCUUCUCCGGCGGCCGAGCGGAGAGCUAGCUGCGGCCUGAGGGCGUGAUUAUUCGCUCUCUUCAAAAUUCGAGCACCACUUGUUACUGUACCUCAACUGCAAACUCUGCUAUUGGGAAGCUGUUGUGUUUUUCUUAGGCGUUUCAUACUACCUGUUCAUUACUACCACAAGAACUGCGAUUGAAUGUAACUAUUCAUUCUAAAUUUCAGAGUCCCCUUUUGUUUUCAAUCAACAUUCUAUUCUUUCGCUGCUAA